GCAGCAAUUGCAUUCACAACCACUUUACGAUGACAGUCAUAUGUCACCCAAUUCUAGUAUUCUGGAUGACACUGAAAGCAUUCCAUUACGAGGAGGAUUUGCUACAAGUACUCAGACCAACCCGAGUGUCUCUCAACCUUUUCACACUUUUCACUUCACAGCGAAAUUGUUUACAACUGGUGUACCAUUUGAACAACAAAGCAAGCCCAGCACUUGUGAGGCAUCACCAUCAGGCUCAGGCAGCCAAAAACGAAUCUGUGAUUCUUCAGGAGAAGAAAGCUCUGACCAAGAAAAGGAUGUUGAUAAAUCAGGGAUCACAACAUCAACCGAACAUGAUGAAGCUUCAGGCCAAAACUCGAAAGACAAUCCUCCACUAACCAUCCCAAGUUAU